AUGAUUAAAAGCAAGUUCUACUCCGAUCUGGCGAUGGAGAGUUUGGGAAAAUGGAAAUCUGAUCCUAUUUAUAAGACAGCGUUUCAUGAAACUGGAAUUAUCUAUGGCGGUUCUUCUAAAGAAACGAUCAAGUCUGCCAUUGAUAGAUAUGAAACACUCAAAAAAGAAGGAUACACCGAUCUACAGCUUCUUGAUACUGAAAAAAAAUUUAUUGAAAUCAUCAAGGACACCGGUAUGGACUCUCUUUCUUUAAAAGAAUCCCAGAGAUUUAAAGGCUGGAAAGGUUUUUACCAGAAGAAAAAUUGUGGUUGGACUUAUGCAGCUUUAGCCUUGCAAAACGCUUGCAGAGAAUGCAAGAGAUUGGGAGCCAAGUUUAUUAUUGAUUCUGUGGAGGAAUUGAAUUUUAAUCAUGAUGGAAAUUGUACUGGGGUCCUUACCUUUUCAGGCCAAACAAUAUUUGCUGAGAGAGUCGUCAUCACCGCAGGUGCCAAUUCUUACAAAUUCUUGGAUUAUAAAGGUCAGCUUUUGGCUAAAUGCUGGACUGUCGGUCAUAUCAAGCUAAAGAAAGAGGAAUUAGAAGCAUUGAAAGGGUGUCCUGUAGUUCUUAACUUGGAUAAAGGUUUUUUCUUUGAACCAGAUGAAUUUGGAGAUUUGAAGUUCUGUAACGAAUUUCCGGGGUAUAUCAAUUUGAAGAACCAUAAAAUGUCUGAAGGAAAAAUCUCUGUACCUGUCUACAAGGACAAAAUUCCUAAAGAAGCAGAAACACUUAUGCGGGAUUUCUUGUCAGAUGUUCUACCAAGUAUUGCAAAUCGAAAGUUUAACGUUGCCAAGAUUUGCUGGUGCACAGACUCACCAGACAGACAUUUCCUCAUCUGCGAGCACCCCGACCACAAGGGACUCAUUUUAGGAACAGGCGAUUCCGGUCAAGGUUUCAAAUAUAUGCCAAUUAUUGGUAAAUAUAUUGCAGCAGUUACUAGGAAAGGAAACGAGGGAUUAUGCGAAGAGAAAAGAGAAGCAUGGAGAUGGAGACCAGAAACAGCGGCGAACAGAGAUAUUUAUGCAUUACAAGAAAGAGCUGGAGGCUCCAACAAAAUUAAAGAUUUGAAAGACGUUGGAUCAUGGACUAAUGGAUCCGAAUAA